ACUUGCAGAUAGCAUCACCUCUGUUGGCAGAAUUGCGAAUACAUUAAUUUCUGCUAGCCGUUAUGAGCGCUAGCAUUGGGUACAGCGGAGGAGCCAGCAUGCUCUGUACGGUAACGUAUUUUUUGUAGUAACAGUUGUUAGGUUUCUCCGUUUGCAGCGUAGUAGCACAGCCGGUAGCCGGUAAAAUAGCACAAAAACUGUUGCACUGCAUUACGCCGAAUAUUCACCAUGGGCCCUUGGGGAUCUAAGCCAGCCGGUCCCGAUUUAGAAGCACUCCGAAGACAGAGAGAAGCGGAGUAUAAUGCGCGGGAACAGCGAUAUCGGGAGGAGCGCAAGCACGAAACGGAAUCCAUGAUGCGACAAAUGUUGGAAGUGCAGCAGAGAGCCGAUGCCGAACGGCAACGCCUGGAAGCUGAAAAUCGUGCCGAGCAGCAGAGGAACUUGGAGGCUAGGAUGGCCGAGAUGCAACGCCGCGACAAGGAUCAUGAGGAGCAGCGGGCGCGGGAGCGGGCUUUGUUCGAACAGCGCUUGCAAGAGAUGACGAACGCCUCGACCGCUGAACGCCGCCAGAUGCAGGAAGAAUUUAAACGCGAACAGCAGCGUCUCGAGGAGGAACGCCGAGCGGCCAUGGACCGCCGUGAUGCCGAACACAGGGCCCAGCAGGAACGCGAAAAAAUUAUCUUUCAAAAGCAACUGGACGAUCUAAAGGGCGCCACGGAGGCCGAACGCAUGAAGCUGCAGGAAGAUUUUCGCCGGCAGCAGGAAAACAUGGAAGCGCGAUGGGCCGGUGAACGACAGCAUUAUGAGGAGAAAUUGUCCGAUAUGGCGGAAAGUAUGCAGGAAGCCGAGGAGAAAGUGAGAGAGAUGGCUGAACAACUGGAAAAGCCGAUUAAGGAUCGCGAGAACAAGGUGGCGUUUGUCAACGGAUUGAAUCUAAAGAUUCGCCAGAACAACUCGCUACUGUUAGUCGGUCCGAAAGGGAUGGGUAAGAGCACAUUUUUAUGGCUGCUGAACAUAGGAAAAAUUCCCAAGCGGACCAUCCGGGACGGGACAGUGGACAUUAUCCAGUUACCCGGUUUUGUGGACUCUAUUGGAUUACGUGGCUGGACACCGGAGGAACUACUAAAACUGGUGGUGCUGAUGAUCUACGAAGGCAUUCCCAAAGAUUUGAUCAUGUUCAGCAAUGAUCGUAUUGAUCUGCCAAUCAACUCCUUAGGCCUGCUGGGUAUUAACAACCCGUUGAUUGUCGUUAUGUCCAGUGAUUUCUGGAAGCUGUACCAGUCAACACCGGGUGGUAAGCAGAAGAUCCAUUUGCGAGAGAACGCGCAGGGUGUCCGGAUGGUGGAGCCGGCGGAGGAUCUGGAGUAUGUGUACAAUAUGCCGGUGUAUGAGGACAUCCGCGCGUUCCAUCUGGGUAUGCCGGUUACGCAUCAUGACGACAUUGAAGCGAUCGUCAGAGGACGUCAAGAGGUCGGUAUUCAACCCUUCCAAUUCCUGAUGGACAAACUGGGUGACAUCUUCACGGUGGGAAUGGACAAUGAUUCUAAUAAGGAGGCUCUGUUCCGGUUCAUUUACAUCUACGAAAAGAAGUAUGCAAGGGAUCAAUUGAAAUUUAUGAAUAGUGCCACCCUGCAGGAUUUUAACUACGUGAAUUAAGCCAGCUGAUGAGACAUGUUCGUGAUGUGAAGUCGUUCAAGCCGGCAAGCUGGCUAUCUAGUGUGGAACAGAACUCUGAAACUUAUCAUUGCAUGUCAUAUACCCCAAGUGCUUGUCUUUGCAUAUUCGUUUUCGCAGCUUUUGAUACUACUGUCUAGCUGAUCGAGAUGUUCUUCCAAUUUUGUCUACACUUGUUAACAAAACUUUCAGUCAUAGCAGCUGAUUGUCAGCCCUCGAAUGUUUGCACUCUUCACAUGCCUAUUGUUGAA